GUGUAUUUUCAGCAGGGGUUAUAUUUUCAUGGGCACUGGCUAAUCAACCUGACAAUAAUUCUGUGGAGAUAAAGCAAAAUGAAUUAGUUACUAAUGAGUUAGAAACAAGUUGCUCUAUGGGUUUGUUGGUUGGUGGCAAUAUAGGACAUAAAAUUAGGACCAAAGUAACAGAGUCGCUUAAAGAAAUUGGAAAGAAGUGUGAUGCAUUAAAAACAAAAUUAAAGGAAGAGAAAAGGAAACUGAGUGAAAUUCAGGGAAAAACGAGAGCAGAUGAAAUAAAAAGAAUAAUUGGUAAUAGGAGUGGUGAUGGAGUAGAAAAGUUAAACUUUGAUUCAAGAAAACUGGCAAAAGAAAUUAAAUCAUUGAUUGAAAGAAUGAGCGAAGAAUAUCUCGAAUUUUCUAAACAGUUUGCUCAAUAA